AUGCUGCAAACAUUGCUGUUCAUCCUAACGGUCGUUCAAAUGACUGACUGUUAUGGUUUUGUGAACCCUAAUGAACUGACUAAUGAACCGACUAACUUCUCCAUGAUUACCGUAAAAGACAACUUCACUGAAGAGGCUGGUUUGUGUAUCAGAGUUUUCUGUUUUUUCACUGUCCCUCAAAGUGUCUCAGAACCCAUUGAAAGGACCUGGUUCAAAGGAGAUCCACAAAAUCCAACUGUUGAAGUUCCUUGGGCCAGUUUUGCUAUACACUUUCAUGGUGAUGAGAGAGAGUGCAGCUUUAUGCUGACAAACUUGGUUCAGGGUGAAUCUGAUGGUGAAUACAGAUUGAAACUGAAAUGGGAUCAAGAGAAAGUGUAUAUCUUUCCUCAGACAGUAAAAAUUGCUGUAAAAGAGCUCAACCAGAAACCAACUAUAAACGUCCCACAACUCACAGCGGGAGAGAAGGCAGAGAUAUCCUGCAAAGUUCCAGGAGAUUGCAUAAAUACCUUAGCAGAUAUAGUUUGGACAGGGAUUGAGCCUGAUGAAAUUAAACGUGUAGCUUCUGCAGUUCCUGGUAGUGAACACCAAUAUUCAGUAUUGAUUUUUCAUCCUGAGCCUGAACAUCACAAUACUAAGCUCACCUGCACAGUAAUUUUUCAAAAAAGCAUUCAGACCGAAAGUACUGUGAUCCUUAAAGUAAGAAACGCCCCUAAAAUCCUGAAUAGCUCCUGUUGUUUGGUGUGGGGUGAUGAAUUGAUCUGCAUGUGUGUCAGCAGUGGUGUGCCGUUACCCCAGAUACACUGGACGAUUCUGGACAGUGAAUAUUACAGUAUUGCUUCAGCAAAGAACACCAGCAGCAGCAUCACCGUCUCCAUUGCUAGUUUCAGGAACCUCAAAGCAACCAUUGAAUGUGUCAGUAAGAAUCCCAUUGGUAUGGCAGAAAUGGAAAUCCAAGUGCACAAUCAUGCUGAGAAACCCAAAGUAAGUUGGAGUUUGUCCACCCCUUGGAUAUUUUUUACCCUUUCAGUUGUUGUAAAUGUCAUCUUCAUUUCCUGUUUGACUGUCAUCCUACGGAGAGAAAAACUUAAGAAACCAAAUAAUGACAACCAUGUCUACAUGACUCCAAUGAAGAGAGAGGAAUCUGUGUAUGAGACUGUUCAAAUGUCUUCAGAGAGAUCUUAGUGGUUUGAUCAACAGCUGAAAUAAAGCUUUUUGUUAAGUUUAUACAUCAAGUGGCUUUUCUUACACAUUAGCAU